UCUCGUUCGAAUUUCCAACAAUGUCACUGCAGGCUCAUCGUCCUCGUGAUAUUGUCAACGGAAUAAGAAGUUGGUGCCAACACUGCCUACGUACCAUAAGAAUUGCCUCUUCCAACCCACAUGCAAUUCUAUUUCCUUACUGCUACACCGAGUUUAAUCACGAGCUCGAUGUUUCGAGGCCUAGGCUUAUCGAUCACCUUACAGGCCUAGAACAACCGUCCCCCGCUGCCCGGUUACUGGAUACCUUGUCUCGUUGGCGGACGGAAAACGAAGAUGAACGAGUGUCUUGGAUCACCUUUGAGGAUGCGGUAAAUGAUGUUACUGGAGGGACCUGGAUGGUUGAGAAUGACCGUCCAGGUCCCUCUGCAGCAGCAACUUCUGCCAUUCGAGCUUUGCCAUUGGUGAAAAUAUCGGAAGGGCAGUUAGCCAACGAGCCAAAUUGCCCCGUGUGCAAGGAAGGGUUUGAGGUUGGCGGAGAAGCGAGGGAGAUGCCAUGCAAGCAUGUCUACCAUUCCGACUGCAUACUCCCUUGGCUUCACAUACACAAUACAUGCCCGGUUUGCCGCUACGAGCUUCAAGCAGCCAGCAGCUGCAGCCCGAAUGACGAUUACUAUGAAGAUGAGGAGGAGGAGGAGGAGGAGGUGACAGAAAGCCCAAAUAUUUGGCGGUGCUGGUGGAAUCUCUUCUUAAUUUUCUGGCCAUUUUCUGCAUUGGUUAAUUGGACGCAACGUUAAUUACUAUGGAUAAUUACCAACAACGUACCGGAGGUAAUUUUCUACUUUGAACGUAUUAGAUUACGGGUUGCAAGUUGGAAUGGAAAUUCUGAUUCCGGCCCUUAAUUCUUUUAUUGGCUAAAUUGGAUUGUUCAUCCUGUGGUCAUAGGACACUUGCAUGAUGAACCCGUGGUGAAAAAACUAGGAAUU